AUGGAAUGUGAGUACUGGAAUGAAGGAAGGACUUUGGUUGUCUGGCUUUUGUCAUUACAGGAAGAUAUGGCUGCACAUGUUGGUGCUUCGAGGACUCCUCAGGAAGUGAUGGAGCACUACGUCAGCAUGUACAUCCAUGGGAACUUGGGCAAAGCCUGCAUCCCUGACACCAUCCCUAACCGAGUGACAGAUCACACCUGCCCCAGUGGGGGCCCUCUCUCGCCUAGCCUCACCACCCCUUUGCCCCCACUGGACAUCUCAGUUGCUGAGCAGCAGCAGCUGGGCUACAUGCCACUCCGUGAUGACUAUGAGAUCGAGUAUGACCAGGAUGCUGAGACGCUCAUCAGUGGGCUUUCUGUGAACUAUGAUGAUGAUGAUGUGGAGAUUGAGCUCAAGCGUGCCCAUGUAGACAUGUAUGUGCGGAAGCUGAAGGAGAGGCAGCGCAGGAAGAACAUUGCCCGUGACUACAACCUGGUGCCAGCCUUUUUGGGCAAGGACAAGAAGGAGAAGGAAAAGACACUAAAGCGAAAGAUAACCAAGGAGGAGAAGGAGCUGCGGCUGAAACUGCGGCCACUCUACCAGUUCAUGUCCUGCAAAGAGUUUGAUGAUUUAUUUGAAAACAUGCACAAGGAGAAGAUGCUUCGUGCCAAGAUCAGAGAGCUGCAGCGGUACCGGCGCAACGGCAUUACAAAGAUGGAAGAGUCGGCCGAGUACGAGGCUGCCAGACACAAACGGGAGAGGAGGAAGGAGAACAAAAACCUGGCCAGCUCCAAAAGGGGUAAGGAAGAUGGCAAAGACAGCGAGUUUGCAGCCAUUGAGAACCUUCCUGGGUUUGAGCUGCUGUCAGAUCGGGAGAAGGUUCUCUGUAGCUCUUUGAACUUGAGUCCCGCACGCUAUGUGACUGUGAAGACUAUUAUAAUUAAAGAUCACCUCCAGAAGCGACAAGGGAUCCCCUCUAAAAGUCGCCUUCCCAGUUAUCUGGACAAGGUCCUAAAGAAAAGGAUUUUAAAUUUCCUUACAGAAAGUGGGUGGAUAUCCAGGGACGCUUCCUGAGGCCAGAUGAUGCUAAAGCAGCUUGUGAGCCAAAUGACCUAGGGUCCCCUCUCAACAUUGUUGCUCUUUUAAACAAAUUGAAUUCUUUUUUUCAAGGCUUAAUUUUUUUUCAUGACCCUCUGGAAGAAGCAAUAGUAGCAAUCUUAAACUGACUUGUGGGGGAGACAAGUGUGUGUCUUUCUAACUUAGUGCUAAGGUAAUCCUUUCAGAAGAUGGCUUGCCUUGUGUCCGUCUGAAGACUGCCCCCACCUUGGACUAGUUCCCUUUAUUUCAUGAGCCUUUACCCCUUUGGGUUCAGAAGCUGUUAUGCUGUGGGAGCCAAGAGCUAUGUGUUCCUGCCAUUAGUUUUUACCUGGUGACACAAGCUUUACUCAGGUGGGCUGUUGUUGGCACCCCUUCACUGAGCCCACUGCUGCCCCCAGCCAAUACCCCAAGCACAGCCCCGGCACACCGCACUUUACCAGGAGGCAGGCUGUGCACAGAACCCUCUGCUGUGGAGGCUGUGGAGAUAACCACCAGGCCCUCCCCCACUGAGCCACUUAAGAUGAGCCCUUUAUUUGCACACAGUGAUCACAUGAGCUUCCACUUAUCUGACAGCAGCCAUUCCUGGCCCUCAACAGUGCUUGCGCUUAAACUUAGCCCGGCCCAGCCUGGGCUGCCUGAACAGGCUCUCUUGGCACAUUCUUAUCCCUGUGAUUGGGAAAGCAGUUAAUGGGAAGGCCACAGGGUCAGUUGGGGGCUUCCCUUUGCUGCUGUGAACACCUGACUUGGAAGACCUUUUGAGUUCAAAGCUGAGUGUGCAAUGCUGAGUUGGGGCAGUAGCUGCUCAGGACUUCACCAAUAUUGCAGAUUCCCUUUCACUAAAUAUAGGACAUACUAGAUAUCCCGGCUCAGUGAGCUGAUCAGGGUAUGGCCAGGUUCCUCCAGCCGGGUAGUCACGGGACCAGCUGGCAGGGGCCCUGGGGAGUGCAGAGCAUCCUGCCUGUGCCUUGGAGCCUGUGUGCUGCUUUUGUUUGUGGUUUUGAAACAAACUCAGAAAUGGCUCCUUCCCAGAUUGACUGAAAAGCUUGUCUCUGGGGGCCUCCUUCAAGGAUUCUUAUGGUACCUUCCUUCUAAACUUGAGGAAGGCGUUUGUCUUCCGGCUGCUCAGGGUUCUCACGCCCAGACCCUGCUUUAAGAGUCCUGGAGUGACCACAGCCCCUGCCCCCUGUCCCUGAGGUACAAGAGCCUGUUUACCUCAUAGAGUGUUUGGGCUCGGAAGUGAAAGUGAAGUUAUUUUGAAGAACAACUCAUUUCCAAGGACGACUUGAUGACGUGCCUUUUCAUUUUACAUCCUCUGUCCCCUAGGGUAAGUUUUUCAGCAUUAAAUAAAACAUUUCAAAUAUACUGUAUACGGCUUUAGUUGUAAAGUGCAUUGUAGGCUACCAGGGAAGUGCCCUGUGAGCCAGGCCCAGAUUUCUUGACACCAGAAGAUGCUGAGCAGUGGUGUCAAAGGACUAACUCCACACUGCCCCCUGCAGGUGAAUGGUGGACAGUAGCUGGUGUCACUGAACAGCAAUGGGGUGGUGCUCAGUGCCUAGUUGUUAAGCCAGUGGUUCUCAAAGUGGGGUUCUCGGGCACUUGUCAGAAAUAUAGAAUUGCACCCCAUCUAACUCUGUUGAGACAGAGAUUUGGGGACUUCAUUAACAGGGACGAGCAGGGUGUUUUUCAAACCUUCCAGGUGGCUGGGAUACAAACUCAAGUUUGAGAACCACUGGUUUUGUCCUGGUGUCUCCAACACCAGUCCCAGCUUGAUGAGGUUUGAAGCUUCAGUGUCUUCUACAAAAUGACAGCUAGACCUACAUUAGCUUGAGAAGCAGAGGAUUCUGUCAACAUGUGGCCAAGAGCUGUCGGACAAAAAGCUGUGCUUAAGCAGGCGUAUAGUAUGUACAUCUUUCGAUGUUAUGAAUUUAUUUGGGCGUGACUGUUUUAAAACACCAUAAUGAAUGUAUAAUUAAUUUAUGUUCAAGUAUUAAUAUUGUUACAAGGGAAAAAUAAUAUUAGGAUUGUUUGCUCUCCUAUCUGCCCCAGCUGUUUCUGUCACAUUACUCUUAGUUAGUUCAGACCUUGACAUGUUUGUAUUUAAUUCUCAUGAUAAAUUAACUACCACAACCCUAUGGAACCAAGUCUUUUCAAAAUUAAACAAACUGUCUUUGAGUCAGAAAAGUUAGAUAAUUCUUCAACUGUUUGAAAUAAUGCUGUCUAGGAGGCCAACAUUCCAAGAAUGUAUUAAGAAUCAAAACCCUACCAUUUUUAUUAUUCUUUUACAUUAAAUUGUUGAGAACAAA